UCUAAUACGACUUAUGUAAAUCCCUGACAAAACCAAAUUGCAUAACUUUUCCCCCAAAAGCUUCUUUGUCCCCACUUCAUUAUUUUCCCAGUAAAGGCCAUGGGUGCCUCAGGCCAGCUGUAAUUUGAUUAAUCCACUGAAAGGGUAGCCAGACGCAGUGCUGUGCAUUCUGUAGGGAAGGAGGCUGAACAGCUUUUUAAGAGAUGGAGACCUUCGUAUUUUUAUUUUCAUUUUCUGCCCUUGGCAUUCUUUAUGCUAUGAACACCAUUCCUGAGUUUCAAGAGCCUUAUGUGAUCUUGGUGACUGGGGCUGCUGUGUUGGUGAUUGUGUUUCUGUUCUAUUUCCUCAUCACUCGUGGCAACCCACCAAAAGACGCUUUAUUCUUUGUUUUUGCUGUAUUUUCCUUUACCUGUGUCAUUGACCUGACGAGUGCCUUGGAAUAUGACGGCAUUAUCUCCGGCUUUAUGGAAUUCUAUCAAAAGACAGGAGAGCCCUAUCUGGGAACAGCCUAUGCCAUCAUGAUGUGUUACUGGGAUGGAAUAGCGCACUUUAUCAUGUACCUGGUGAUGAUCAGCAGGAUAACAGACAGGAAGGCCUACCGUACCCUGGGCUUGAUCUGGGCUGGCUCUUUGUGUGCCAACAUGACUGUGUUUGUUGCCGGGAUAGUGGCAGGUAAAUUUGGGUCAGAAAUCCGUCCAGCCUUCUGGCUCAACUUCCUCUUCCUUUUGGUGCCCGUAUGGGGAGCCAUCACACUAUUCACUAGGCCCAAAGACAGACCACUAAUCGGAGGAUACAAUGCCCAGCAUGCUCAGACCACCUCAUUGAUCUGGCGUCCCUUGGAUCUGAUCCUGGUCCUGCUCAUGUUAGCUGCCAUGGCUUUCACCAUCCUCAGAGGCUUGGUGGCUCUGGACUCUCCACUAGAAGCCUGUUCCAUCUACCUAAAGCAUUAUGAACCCUACCUGAAGGAUCCUGUGGGAUACCCCAGAGUUAUGAUGCUUCUCAUGUUCUUCUAUGGACUACCUCUUUUGGGUGCGUUUGUCUAUGGUCUCCUUAAGCCCGGGUGCACAUGGAUGUCAGACUUGACUGUGUUCUUCGCUGGAGCCAUGAUCCAGUGCCAGUGGGCCCACAUCGGGGGGUCCCUCCACCCUCGAACCAUAGCUCCAUUUCGUGUCCCAAAUGAUGGUUUCUGGUCUGUGCUGGCAGCUAACUUGCUCUACGCAGUCACUCCUGUCCUGGUGGCCUUACGGGUUCACAGUAACCCCUAUUUCUUCCUGAAGAUUGCCCCCUUUCCUGGGCAGACCGGUUUGCCAAACAGCGAGGAGAAAGAUACCAAGUACAAAGACAAAUAGCAAUGCUUAAUCUUCUCUGACCUUUGGAGUUAAUUACUUAUCUGAUGAUUCAUGAAGAGCUGUUUUAUUCCAAAUGCCAUGUUUCAAAAUGCCAAAAUACACGAUUAUUUUGCUCAACAUCUUUUAAAUGAGUGGUUAUUUAAAUGUUUGCAAUACUAGGAUUCCUGAUGGCAUGCAUAAACAGUAAAACUACUGUAUGUCUACAGACAUUCAUUCCCCCCACCAGAUGAAUUGUAACAACUUUAGUGAGCCUCUGAC